AUGACAUUCAAAAUUUUUUCUCACAUCAGCCGUGAAUUUGGUGUUCAUUCUUUGGUACGCGCUUCGCGUGACGUGAAGCUGUUGAUCCUAAUCAAAGUUGUCAGAAUGAUAGCUUUUGGACAAUCGUCUAUUUUCCUAGUCCAAUUUUUUCAUUCACAUGGAUACCCUACACAUCUUACAGGAGCCUUUAUGAGUUGUACACUUGUCGGUGAUGUUGUUAUUUCUUAUUUCUUAACUAUGAAUGCUGACCGCUUGGGGCGCCGCAGAGUUCUUAUUUUUGGUGCAUUGCUAAUGGCGGUUCCUGGAAUAAUUUUUGCUGUAUCCAACAAUUUUUAUGUACUAUUAUUAGCUGCAAUUCUUGGAGUUAUUUCUCCUUCUGGGGCUGAUAUUGGACCUUUCAAGGCCAUUGAAGAGUCAACACUUGCACAUCUAGUACCAAAGGAACAUCGCAACGAGAUUUACGCUUGGUAUUCUUUUUCAGCCACCUUGGCUACAGCAUUUGGAAACUUUUCUAGUGGUGCAUUCGUUAAUUAUCUUACGUCUAGUCAUUUGGACUUAUCUUUACUGAGCGCCUACAAACUAAUUUUUGUUCUUUUUGCGUUUUGCGGUGCCCUUAAACUUGUGUUUUCUCUGUUGCUUUCAAACAACAUUGAAACAGAAGAAUAUUUAACACUCAAGCAGGAAGAAUCUCAAAACGCUAGAGAAACUUUGCCAUUGCUUAACGAAGAAAUACCACAAUCAGAAACCUCAUUUCCAAGCAAAAAGUUUUCUCUUUUACCCAACCUUUCUUCUGAGUCGACUGCUAUAGUGAUUAAGCUCUCACUUCUUUUUGCUCUGGACUCUUUUGCAUCUUCACUUGUGCAGCGAACCUGGAUGUCAUACUAUAUAUCAAAGAAAUUUUCUCUUAGUCCAGAAGUUCUUGGAUCGACUUUUUUUUCGACCGGAAUUAUUUCAGCUUUCACCAUGCUUGUGAGUUCUUCGAUUGCUAAAAGACUCGGUCCAGUUCUGACCAUGUCAUUAACCCAUCUUCCGUCAUCACUUCUUCUUGGAUUUAUACCUUUGCCAUCGACUUUUAUAGUCACAUUUGCCAUUUUUAUUUUCCGUUCCUGUACAUCACAUAUGAACAUUGCUCCUAGACAGGCUUUUCUUUCAAUGGUGGUUAAACCCUCAGAGCGCACGGCUGUCAUGGGCUGGACUAAUGUUGUGAGAACAAAUUCGCAAAUCUUUGGCCCAUCUAUCACAGGGUAUUUAGCUGGUAAAGAUGCACAAUGGAUUAGUUUCGUAAUUGCAGGCGUACUUAAGGUGGUAUAUGAUCUUUUGAUAGUGUUGACAUUUGCAUUGAAGAGUUUUGAUUAUUAG